AUGGCGGGCCACAGCGCUCGAAACACUGCGCCUGAGGCUUUUGCGGCUGCAGGCUUCGCGGAACCAGCAGGUACGGGAAGAGCAGGCAUUGGAAUGUCAGGCACAGGACUGGCAAACACGGAUAUGGCAGGUCCGGGAAGGACAGGCUCGGACAGGAGAGGCAUGGCAACGGCAGGCAUGGGAGUUGCGGGUACGGCGGCAAUGGGUGAGAUAGGCCUGCGCAGUCGUGAGUUGGAGACAGGGGCGGGAGAUCAAGACUUGCUCACCGCCUUGAACCGCGGCUUAAACCGUGGCUUGAGCCAUGAGCCGACAGUGGGCCCGCUUGCUGGCGUGGGCAUGGCUUCUGGUUCUGCGCGUGCUGGGCGAACUGAGGCGUUUCGACCUGCUGAGGCGCAAGAGGGGAAUGAGGGGCACGGGGGGCAUGGGGGGCAUGUGGGGCAUGGGGGUGGCGAGUGGCGCGAGGGGAGAGACGGGCGCGAAGGGCGCGGGCGCAGCGUUGGCGCAAGGGACGCGUAUGGCAGUGCUUCGAGUCACCACGUGACCCCGCAAGGCGUGGCACCACCGCAAGCUCUAAUACGACAAGUCAUGACACCUUAUGACAUGGCACCACAGGCCAUGGCAGCACAGGGCAUGGCCGCACAGGUGGUGCCGCCCGAAGCUCGGAUGCAGCCAGAUGUUGUGAUGCCGCAAGGCGUGGCACAGGUGUCGCGGCGGAGCCUGGAGCCCAUGCUUCAUGGGCAGCCACGUCAGGAGCCGCUGCCACGUCAGCAUGCGCGUCAGGAGUCCGUGCCACGUCACCAGCCGUUUCAAGAGCCCGCCCCACUUCAACACCCGUUUCAGGAGCCUGUAGCGCGUGGACAGCCCGUGCCACGUCAGCAGCCUCGGCGAGAGUGGUGGCUUGAUGCGAUAGGGGAAGGUGAGCUGAUUCAGGUUACUAGGGACAGCGCAACUGCAGAUACCAGGGCGAGCGGUCAAGUGCCUACGCUUGAAACGGGUGGUGCUAAUAUGGGGUAUGAGCGGCUUCAAGAGCACCCGGAAGGCCGUGAAAGGGUUCAAGGAGAGGGUCUUAACGAUAUGCAGUUUCACAGUAACGAGUACAGGGAAAAUGGUGGUGGUGGCUUGCAGGCGUUGCAAGGGAGGCAGCAAGGGGAUGGGGGGUUGCGAGGGGGGAGAGGAGAGGUGACCCCAGCUGACGUGCGAGUUAUGGGUAGGGGCAUGGGUAGGGGCAUGGAUGGGGGCAUGGGCGAGGGCAUGGGUAGGGACAUGGCUAGGGACAUGGGUAUUGGCAUGGGUAGGUUCAUGCCUGGGGGCAUGGCUGGGGACAUGGGUAGAGGCAUGGGUAUGGACAUGGGCAGAGGCAUGGGUAGGGACAUGGGUAGAGGCAUGGGUAUGGACAUGGGCAGAGGCAUGGGUAGGGACAUGGGUAGAGGCAUGGGUAUGGACAUGGGUAGAGGCAUGCCAGGGGGCAGAGGUGGCGGUAUACCUGUGGGAACGGAGGCGCACCUGAGGCAGAACAAGCUGGAUGUGCCGACCAAGCGGGAGAUGUGCGCCCUCAAGCGCUUGCGCCCGGGGUUGACCCACGCCAACAUCAUCCAGCUGUUGCAGAUUCGCUUCCCUGGGCUGCGCAUGGAGUCGUCGCACGUGACCAAGAUCAUAAGGGACGAGAGCCGGUGGUUUGACGAGCGGAACGUGAGGUUUGUGCACAACAUGCGCGUGCGCAUGCCCGACUGCUACGCGCUCGAGGAGGCCCUGGCAGCGUGGUACAAGGAGGGGCGCUCUCCCUCUCCUCAACCCCUCUUCCUAACCCCUUUUCCCAACCCCUCUUCCCAACCCCUCUCCCCACUCCCACUCUCCUCAACCCCUAUCCCCCCCAACCCCUCCCCCUCUCCUUUGCAGAUUCGCUUCCCUGGGCUGCGCAUGGAGUCGUCGCACGUGACCAAGAUCAUAAGGGACGAGAGCCGGUGGUUUGACGAGCGGAACGUGAGGUUUGUGCACAACAUGCGCGUGCGCAUGCCCGACUGCUACGCGCUCGAGGAGGCUCUGGCAGCGUGGUACAAGCAGGAGCGCAUGCACGGCCGCAUUCCGCUGUCUAGAGUCUCUGGCAAGGCCCGGGAGCUUGGCCCGCUGCAUGGCGCCCCGGCGGAUUUCAAGUACAGCACCGGAUGGGUGAUGCGGUUUCAAGAGCGGUGGGGGUUCUCAAAGAAACACCUGGAUGCAGCUAGGGAGGCACACUUUCAGGAAGAGGAGGAGGACGACGACGGGGAGGGGGAGGGAGCGGGUGGGGGUGGGGGUGGGGGUGGGGGUGGGGGUGGGGGUGGGGGUGGGGGUGGGGGUGGGGGUGCUGCUGCUGCUGAGGGGGAGAAUCCUGGCCCUUCACUUUUGGAGCUUGCUGAUCGGAUGUUUGGGCCGGAGAUUAGGGAGGCUGGGCGGGGAGGUAGGGGUCGGAGGAGGAGGAGGCAGAGGGAGUGGACUGCGGAUGGACGCGAGGUGAUCGAUUUGGAGAGUGAGGAGGAUGAGGAGGGCGGGGGAGGGAGUGGGGAGGACGGGGAUGAGGAGGGGGGGGAGAGAGAGGAGGAGAAGGAGGAGGAGAGGGACGGUGAGGGUGGAGGGGAGGAAAUGGGACAAGCGGUGGAAACACAGGAGGGAAGGGAAGUGCGUGGGGAAGAAGGGGUGCGAGAGGAAGGAGCGGUGCAUGAGGGGGGGAUAGGCCCACACACUCCCACUCCUCAAACCACCACCCUAGCAGAUCGCUUCCCCCGCCCCACCCUAGCAGAAUUGGCUCUAGCAGAGGCGAUUGCAGACGGCACGAUAUCAGAUGAGGGCGGGUCUCUCCGUGUGAGGGGUGACCUGGCCUCCCUUGCUCUGGCUGAAGCCACAGGAGCCCUGCCUGCUGCUGCCAUUGCUGCUGCCGGGGAUAUUCUGUCCGUCGCUGCUGGACCUGCUGCUGCUGGUGCUGCGUCUGGUGUUCCUGGGAAAAAGCAGCCAGCACGGCAGCAGAGGCAGCGGCGGCGGCAGCAGCAGGUGGGGAGAGGUGGACGGGAGUCGCGGCGGGGAAUGAAGUACCAGACUCGGCGGCAUUUCAACCUCACAGUGAAGUUCAAACGAGCCAUGUGCUUGCUCCAGCAGGCUGUGCCUGAGUUGCGGGUCAAGGGGCUAUUGCGGCUGGUUACCCAGGAAUGUGAGGGUAAGUUGCUCGAGAGCGUACCGUACUGCAACAUUCGCAAAAUGCUGAGCCAGAGGGACUAUUACCUCCGGUCUCAGGACAUGGAAACUCGUUUCCGGUAUAGAAAGCCGAAAUACCCGGAAUUUGAGAGGGCGCUCUCAGAGUGGGUGCGUGAAAUGAAGGGCAAGUAUGGGGAGGACGUUUUAGUGUAUGAGGAUGUGAAAGGGUAUGCGAAGCAGCUAGGGCCACGCAUGGGCGUGCGUAAAACCUUUACUUACAGCCAUGGUUGGGUGGCAAGGUUUUUGCGCCGGCAGGGGUUGAAUCUGAAGAGUAUUAGGAGGGAUGUGGCAAAGGGCGGGGAACCUGGGGUGGGUGGGUACGGGAAUGGGGAGGGCGAGGGGGAGAGGGAGGCGGGGGAGGGUCAGGGGGAAGGGGAUGAGGGAGGGACGGAUGGAGAGAGGGGAGGGGUUACUACAGACGAUGGUGCUAGUACUGAUGCGGGCGGUGAGGGCGAGGGGGAUGAGGAAAGGGGGGACGAGGAGGGAAGGGAGGAGGGAGGGGAGGCGGGAGGAGGGGAGGCCGGAGGGGGAGGGACAGAAGGAGGGGAGGCAGCAGGAGGACGGGAGGCAGCAGCAGGGAAUGCAGCAGCAGCAGCAGCAGCAGCAGGAAGUGCAGCAACAGCAGGAAAGGAAGCAGAAAAGGCGGCAGGAAAGGAAGCAGAAAAGGCGGCAGGAAAGGAAGCAGAAAAGGCGGCAGGAAAGGAAGCAGAAAAGGCGGCAGCAGCGCGGGAGGCGGAUGAGCUGGCAGGGAGGAUCAUGGAUCUGGUGGCGCGGAUCAACGCAGGGGUCGCCGUGCCACUGCUGGACGAGGGGCUGCUGCCAAGGAAAGGAGGCACGAAAGGAGGCAGGAAAGGAGGCAGGAAGGGAGGGAGGGGGCCUCUGAACCAUGACGGUAAUAACGAUGGGGGUAACGGUAGCGAUGGUGGUAACAGCGGCGGUGGUGGUAACACCGGUGGUGGUGUGAAGCAGCGGAUGCAGGUGCCGCUGCCGCUGAAGCUGGCCGCGUGCGCCGUCUACCGCGCCCGCCCUGACCUACCCCAUGUGAUUGUCCACCAGACCCUGCAGAAGCGGUACAAUGUGAAGCUAGAGCGGUUGAAAGCGGCCAAUAUGCUGAGCAUGGAGGGGGUUAUGAGGGAGACGAUGCAGCGGGGCAUGGUGCGGGCGCGGAAGGGCAGAGAGGUGCAGCUAGAGGAGGCUCUUGCUAUGGCUGUGCGGGAGGCUGCAGCUAGGAUGGGCGGGGAGCGGGGUGGGGAGGGAGUGGGAGAGGGUGGGGCGGCAGGGGAUGGAGAUGGAGGGGGAGAAGGGGCAGUAGCAGGAGGAGGAGCGGGGGGAACAGGAAGAGGAGCGGGAGGAGUGGGAGGAGAGGGAGCAGGGGCAGCAGGAGGGGGGGGAGCAGGAGUGGCAGGAGCAGAAGGCGAAGCCACAGCAGCAGCAGCGACAGCUGCCCCCCCUGCCCCGCUGAUGACGGUCCCUCAGAUACUGGCAUAUGCGAAGCGCCUGGGCCCGCUGGUGGGCGUGUCCCCCUCGUUCCGCUACAGCACCAGCUGGCUGCGGUGCUUCCUGGUGCGCCACCAGCUCGAAGCAUUCGUUGCUGGGCGAGCCGCGCGGAAAGGGGGUGGAGCGGGAGGAGGAGGGGUGGGAGGAGAAGGACCGGGGGAAGGAAUGGGGGGAGGAACGGGUGGAGGAACGGGGGAAGGAGCGGGGGGAGGAGCGGGGGGAGGAGCGGGGGGAGGAGCGGGGGGAGGAGCGGGGGGAGGAGCGGCAGGAGGAGCGGGAGGUGAGGGGGAGUGCGAACCGGAGGGGUUGAGAGGGAUUCUGGAUGAGACAUUUCAUGUGAGGCAGGAGGAGGUGGAUGCUCUGGUGAGAAUGGCUGACCGGCUGUGGCGGAGGAAAAUGCGCAUGAAACGGGGGCAGAAGGGGGGAGAGGAGGUCGAGGACUCUGGGGACGAGGAAAGCGAGGGGGAGAGGGGGAGGGGAAGGAGCAGGAGAGCGGCGAGUGGGGAUGGGGAUGGGGAUGGAGGGGAGGAUGGAGGUGGGGGCGAUGGUGACGACUCUGGUAGCGAUGGCGGUGGUGGUUUUGGGGGUAUGGCCGGGCGAAGCACUCACUUCCAGCUCCAUGACUCAGGGGCCUCCAGUGGGGAUGAGCAGGCAGGAGGGCAUGGGGCGAGAGUCACUCGCUCCCAGCAUCUGCAUUCCCUCUCAAACCUGCCUGGGGCGCGGGUGGUGCCGCCGUCUCUUGCUUCUUCUUCUCUUGCGCCGGGUGGAGCAGGCACGAGGUGGGGAGCAGCAGCAGCAGCAGCAGCAGCAGCAACGCUUGUGCCCGCGCCUGUGACCACAGCAGAGGGGAUCCUGUCAGAGUUAGCAGACGUGCGUGUGGGGUCUCUCGAGAGAAAGCGGGGGAGAGAAGAGGUGGCGAGGGAGGAGGGGGGGAGAGAGGCGUGGGAGAGGGAGCGGGGGGGGGGGGAGGGAGGAGGAAGGGUGGCCGGCAAUGUGGUGGGAGGGGAGAGAGGUGCAGGAGGAGGGAGUGGAGGUGGGGGAAGUGGAGGUGGGGGGGGUGGGGAGGGGGCGUGGGAGCAGGACGAGGGGUGGCAGUGGUGGAUGCGGUCGGGUGUGGUGGGGGUGCGGCAGAUGGUAGGGGCGUGGGAUACCCUCUUGGCUGUGCGUGCUGUGUGUGUGGGAGGGGAGCGUGGUGCUGGUAGGGGUAGUGGCGGUGGGGAAGGGGGAGGUGGUGGUGGGAGAGUGGGAGUAAGGGGGGCUGGGGUAGGUGGGGGAAGAGGGAGAGGUGGUGGGAGAGGGGCAGGAGCGGGGAGAGGGAGGGAAGCGGUCGUGCGAUGGGGGGCUGGGUUGCAGGUGAAGCAGGAGUGGGAUGAGGUGGAAGGUGGUGGGCGAGGAGGGGGCACGGGACGGGGGCGAGGUGGGUUUUCAGGGCUGAGAGGAGGUGGAGGAGCCAUGCUGGCAGGCCGAGGUGGGUUGGCAGGAAGGGGCAGGGCAGCAGGAAGGGGAUGGGAAGCAGUAGGGCGAGGUGGAUUGGCAGUAAGGGGCGGGGCAGCAGGAAGGGGAUGGGAAGCAGUAGGGCGAGGUGGAUUGGCAGUAAGGGGCGGGGCAGCUGGAGUAGGUGGGGUGGCAGGAAGUGGAUGGGCGGCAGGGCUAAGUGGGGCUGCAGGAAGAGGCUGGGCGGCAGGAAUGGGCUGGGCGGCAGGAAGAGGUGGCGGCGGAUCAGGGCCACCGCCGGGUCCCACUGGGCAACCGUCGUCCUUUGCAGCACUGCUGUCACAGCUCCUCUCCUCCACUGGCCCCCCUCCCGGCACACUCACCCCUCCUGCUGCUGCCAACAUCUCCAAUCCCCUCAACCCUCACACUGCUCAGGGGUUUAGGGCUGGAGGGUUUGGGGGGGGUGGAGCUGAGGCUGAUGUUGGUGCUGCCGCUGUUGCCAAUGCGUCUGCAGCGGCAGCUGCUGCUGCUCGAAUGCCAUCGGCUACAGUGACCACCACUACUGUCACUCCUGGUGGGUUCACCACCACCACUAUCGUUCCGAACAGAUAA